AAGGUUAGGAAUUUCGCCUGGUGGUACCGAGCUCCUAGUUUAAAUCUAGCCGAAUAACCUAUAUAAAUUACGUAACCGCAAACGAGCAUUAUUUAAUUAUUAAUCUGAAACUCAAUCAAUAUAUUCCAAUGUUUUAAAUAAAAUAAAAUCAAACGUUAUUUGUUGUCACCCAACCUAAAACAAGGAACUGAGAAAGCGCGAAUGAUCUUGGCGUUUUUCUGUGUUUCUUUCUUUUCGCAGGCAUUUGUGCCGGCACUCUCGCGUCCUCAAUUUUCCGCAUGUGGCGUUUGCCUUGGCUGGCAGGGCUGGCUUCCCCGUCGCCCCAGCGAUGACCCAGAAUGCAGAGGCGGCGAGGAGCGCGGGGCUGCGUUUCUCGACGGCGAAAAGAGAGGGCGCUGCGACUCCAAUCUCCUUUCCCGAAGUGGCGAGACCGGAGAGACGUGCGCAGUGCGCAGGCGCAUAACCCGACUGAACGGCUGCUGGUGACGUUCGCGGAACGCUCUUUGUGUUCGAAGAAGGUGAAAGAAUCUUGGGUGUUCUUAUUACAAAGAGCGGUGGUGCGCCCGGAGCCGCGUGCCUGCCUUCUUCGCGCGACCAGGAGCGACGGAUUAUUUGUGCUUGUAACCAUUAAAAGAAAAGCGAAUCACGACGGAUUAUUUGUUCCACAGCGUUGCCGGUGUGCCCGCCCCAGCUUGGAUUUGCGCUGGCGCCCGUAGGAUUGUCGCCAUCUUAGGGCCGCCAUCUUGGCCCUCUCGAAAAAACGGACUGCCGCCGGGAUUUCCAUUUUUUGUUUCGAUUCAGCGACUGCGCCCCGGCACCCGAGUAUGGAUUAUGGUAACGAGAGAAGCCCAGACCCACGACCGGAGUAUUAUCGACGCCGCGGGGAUAUUUUUGGUGGCUUGCGUUUAUGGCGGAUUAUUCGUCGACGGUCGUGCUUCGCCCCUGGGAUAUGUCGAGUCGCGCCACGGUCACGCCGGCCGUCGACCACCGUCAGGGAGUAUUUUCAGUUUCUUCAACUGUCUCGUGCCAACUGUGCCUUCGCGAACGAGCGCCGCGCGAUGGAUUCAGCCCCGUGCCUAACCAUGUGCCCCUGUGUACGAUUUUCGCUUAUAAAGAUGUCCAUCGGGCUAACCUGUGCGUCUUGCUCUCGUCGAAAGUCUCCGGAGUUCGUGCACUUGCAGACGGAAAGCGUUUAUCGUAAUGCUCGAAGUCGCUUUUACUCGGCUCCGGAGUGUCUGGUACGAAUGCUUUGAGCAAAAAAAAAGAGGUAAGUGGUCGGUGGACGUCAUUUUCGGAAGUACUAGCAUUCUUUUUUGGGUGUCUGCGAGUUCUAAAAGACGUUGAAAGCUCGUUUUUCGCCUUCGAGGCAAUCGGAAGAAAAUUUGCCACGUCCGUGAAAGUACGGCCAUCUUGGCCUCCCGGCCUCUCCCUCCCCGUCGAACCGCUCUAACAUGUUUUCACGAAGUUGCUCGAUGGGCGGGGACUAGGUUAAGUCACGUGGCAAAUGGCGUCACCGAGAAGGCGGUUUUCCGUUUUCUUUGCGUCUUCUUUUCCUUUAGUUCUGUCAUUUACGCCCGUAGAUCCGUAUGUAUGUUUUUUCCUUGGCCGCGCCGCGCGUCUUCCACCGCAGCUUGCAGGCGUAGGACUGAAUGUCGUGUUUGACGACGGGACAUUAGAAAAUGCUAGGGAUUUCGAGGCAUUUUGCGCAGUUCCCACGGAGCAUCAUUUCCUUUCCAAGCGCGUACGUCUCCUGAAAGCGUACAAGUAGCAUUAGUGUGAUGUAGACGAACAACACGGUCUUCUUCAAAGGGAAGAAAUGCUCCUUCGAGCUUAUCGUGUGGUAGAAUCUCUUUGGAAUUAGGCCAUGUGUCGUUGGUGGGUGUGUAUUCGAAGCAUGCUAAUAUUUGUUGAGUUACAAAAUGACAAACGAUGGCGUCGCAAAGCGACGUUAACUAUGGGCACUGGUGUUGUUUACUUCCUGUUACUUGCUUCCAACGAACUCUGGUUUUCUCGCUUUUAUAAGCUAAUCUUUCUUGCGUGGUCUCGGCCAAUCCGCAAUCAGAACACUGGCACGAGCCUGUUCUCAGCGAUGGCCAGGUGUGAACGGCGUGGACCGCCAGGGUUGAAGCGAGCGGUGUCGCGUUAAAACGUCAACUAGUAAUGCAUAGACUCGAGAAACCGAGGACAUUCCAGGAGAUGUUUUCAGUGCGCGUGGGACACCGUAUCUCAUGAUUUCAGAGGUCGAUAUUUACGCGCCGGCCCGGCGAGCACAAAAAUGCAAGCGACAGCGCGGCAAACCUCUCGGCGAUGGCGGAGCGGGAGCGAGGACCGGCGGACGAAGGCAGGCGCAGGAUAGCGAACGAGCUUUGCGAACACGUCAUGUGCCGCGUGACCCGCUCCUGACUCCGCCCAUCGGCGAACAUCGUGGAAAAAAGAGGGUUUCCGUGGCUGCGAGGGGCGGUCCUUGGGCCAACUCUCGCCGGCUCUCGCGCGAGUCUGCGAGAUCAGGUGACGUCACUUUUUUCGCGGCGGAGAAGUCCGUGCGUGUAGUGUGGGCCGCGAAGAAAACACACGGUGUAUGAUAUAUGUUUGAUGGGGCUGUGUGUCCAGCGAAAUGAUGUCCUGAUGUGGCCAGCAAUGCAAGAUGGUUAGAGAGACUAGACACCUUUGGGUCGGAAAUUUACCGGAUAACAUUCGAGAAGAACGGAUACGGGAGCACUUCAAACGGUAUGGCAAGGUGCAGAGCGUGAAAAUCCGCCGCGAAGGGGAUGUGCUCUGUGCCACGGUGUCGUUCAUCGACCUGCGGUCCGCGGUCAAGGCCCACGUGGCCGAGAACAAGGUGGAGGAGCGCCUGCUGCCCACGGACUACGUGGAGCUGCCCCCGGGCCAGGCCCUCUUCAUCCACGAGCGCGACGAGCCGCCGGUGCCCCCGCCGCAGCAGCCCCGGGGGGCCGGACCCCCCGCAGCGCCGGCCAUCGGGCUCUCGCAGGCCGUCUCGGUCGCCGCCUCCGCCCCGGGCGCGUCCCCGUACCCGCCACCCGGAGCGGGCGCCCGGAACCCCAGCAGGUUCGGCGACGACCGAGGCUACUACUACGACCGUCCGGGGGAGCGGGACCCUUACGUGAGACGGGCGGCGGGCUACCACGACGAGGACGGCUACCAGAGUCGAGGCCGAUCGCGGGACCGGUACGCCCGCUCCGCCACCUCCAAUGUUCCCCCGUACCAGGACGGCGCCGACAGGACGGUGGGGCACUUCCGCAGCCACGGGGUGCGGCCCCAGCCGCCCUCGCAGCCCUCGCACUUGGAGCCCCCGGGCUACGGGGUGAGCCCCGUUGGGGACGCCUUUCCUGAGGACUCCGGCCACAGCUCGCCCUCGGGCCGGGCCAGCCUGCCCGGGGCCACCCUCCCUUCCCGCAAGGCGAGCACCGUCAGCUCGACGGUGACCUCUCCGCCCUCGUCGCUUGGGCGGCGGGGCAGCAGCGGCAGCCACGUGAACAAGCAGUCUCAGCGCUCCCAGUCCCAGUCGCGGUCGCGCUCGAGCUCGCGGAGCUCGAGCGGCAGCCGCCUGGGGAGCUCCUCCUCUAAGGUGCGCUCGAGCUCGAGUGACAGCAGCAGUCGCUCCCUCUCGCCCAACAAGGCACAGUCGCCCACGCACCAGUCGAGCGGCAAGGCAUCGCGGGGGGAGCGCCCGGCGAGCGCGGUGACAGCGCCCUCGUCGAGCCCGUUCCUGCAGUCGGCCAUUGCGGCCCCCAACAACCACUGCCUGUCAAGCCUGCAGGGCAACAAUGUCAUGGACGGGUCCCUCUCGGACCGAGACGACAAGCGGCCGCUCGGCAUCUGCGUCCGCAACCUCCCUGUCCGCUCCACAGACACAAGUCUCAAGGACGGCUUGUUCCACGAGUACAAGAAGCACGGCAAAGUCACCGUAGUCAAGGUCAUCGGUCAAGGUACAGAGCGCUACGCCGUCGUUUGCUUCAAGAAGCCGGAGGACGUGGAAAAGGCCCUGGAAGUGUCCAAGGACAAGCUGUUCUUCGGUUGCAAGAUCGAGGUGACGGCACACGAGGGCCUGGACGGGGAGGACAAUGAGUUCCGGCCGCUGGAGGCAGAGCUGGACGAGUACCACCCCAAGGCUACCCGUACCCUCUUCAUUGGGAACCUUGAGAAGGACAUCACCACCUCCGAGCUGCGCAAGCACUUCGACCAGUUCGGCGAGAUCAUUGAGAUCGACAUCAAGAAGCAGGGGUCAGCGUCCUCGUACGCCUUCAUCCAAUACUCGGACAUUGCGAGCGUGGUGAAGGCCAUGCGCAAACUGGACGGCGAGAACCUGGGGGCCAACCGGAUCAAGCUGGGCUUCGGCAAGAGCAUGCCCACCAUGUGCGUCUGGCUGGACGGCAUCGUGGACACCGUCUCAGAGAAGUUCCUCAGCCGCACUUUCAGCCGCUACGGGCCAGUCUCCUUCGCCGCCAUCGACCGGGAGAAAGGCCACGCGCUGGUCUACUUCGACAGCCUCGAGUGUGCGCAGCACGCCGUCGCGGAGAUGCGCGGACGGGUACUGGGCGGCAAGAAGCUCCAGGUUGAUUUUGCUAGUCGGGAGUGCCAGACGUCCUUCUUCGACAAGAUCGAGAUGUCUGGCCAGGUGGUGCAGGGAGAGCGCCCCUGGGAGAGGAGAGACCGCCGGGCGGAGUUCGAUGUCAUCCGGGACGACAGGUUUCCAAGGGGCUCGUCCGGCUGCGCCGUGGCGCUAGUUGAUGUGUGCAUGGAGCCGUCCCUGGCAGCGAGCUCACCGAGAGCGCCCUUUGGUUUGCCCAGGGAUGCGCGGGGGGUGGCGUUUGACGGCCGUGGCUACGGACGAUACGAAGUGCAGCCCCCUCCCCGCACAGCCCGGGGGGUCUUCAGGGGGCUGCAGAGGGGCACCUACGGCAGCAGGGGCCGGGGACAGCCCUUCCCCGGCCGCUACGACGCCGUCUACCACGACGAGUUUGCCGACCGGAGGCACAGGUUCCCCGAGAAGGACGACGUGCUGGACGACGUGGUCCUGUACGAAGAUCGGCCGGAGCGCCUCAAGCACCUUGACGGGGUCCUGGUGGUGCCCCCGGAGUGGGCAUCGUCCCGCAAGGGCUCCCUCAAAAAGCACCGCAACUCGACCAGCGACCAGGAGAGCCACCACAGCCAGUCCCCGCCCCAGUCGCGGCACCACAGCCGGUCACCGCCACCCCCGCUGCUCAAGGGCUCCAAGAAGGGCUCUUCCAAGGAGCGCCCACCCUCCUCGCAGCACCACCGGCCCAGCCCCAACCGCACCUCCUCCCGCGUGGGCAGUCCUUCGAUGCGAGACGCGCCGGUCGACCCCGAGGAGAUGGCCCUGGAGGCGGGCCUGCUGCGGAGGCGUUCCCUGGAUGGCCCAAAGGAGGCCCCACCCCUCGCCUCGGUCUGCAGCAAGUUGGAGGCCUUCCAGGAUCGGGGCGGUCCCCGGCUACCCCCCCGCCGGGAGGAAGACGUCAACUCCACCAGCGAGUCCCCAUCGCAGCUGGAGCGGAAGCGGCGGCUGCUGGGGCUCAAGGACGGCGCGCGGCCCGAAGACACGGACACGGACUGCGCCGACGGCGAGGAGGAGGGCGUGCGUGGGGACGUCAAGUACCCCUCGAAGCAGGUGCAGGACAUCCUGAGCUCGAGCGACGGAGAAUGUUCCCCGGACGCUUCGUCCCGCAAGAAGAACAAGGCGCCCGAGGCCAGCCCGGCCUCUGGCAAGGCACGGCAGGCCAAGGACAUCCCGAGUGUGGUCUCCAAGAGGCCGCCGGGCAACUGCCGCACGGGCCUCGAGGCCAAGUACUCCGGUGAGCAGGCAAAGCCCGAGCCCGUCCCCUGCCUGCGGAGGCAGCUGGACCCAAGGAGGCAGCUUGACCACAACAAGGUGUCCUCGACAGUGCUGCUGCGGGUAAAGAAGGUGCACUCAGACAAGUUCGAACUGAUGUGCGUGGGGGACGCCCGGGGCAAGCCGUGCGACCCGGGCCUGGUGUCCUCGACCGACAGCGAGGUUGGGGAGGCGCCCUCGCUGCUGCACUUCCACGUCAAGCACGGCGAAGAGUGCAUCGACGAGGUGUCCUCCUCCAGUGACAACCCCCAGCAGACGCGGCCCCCGAGGCCCCGCCGGGACCCCAGCCCCCUGUCCCUGCCGCUGCCCAAGUUUGCGGCAGCCCUGCGCUCCCCCAAGACGUCCCCCCCCGUGGCGGCCUCUCCCAAGGCCAACUCGCAGAGUCCACGGGAGAACUGCUCGCCCCUGAGUGCCUUGACCAACGCGCGGAGCGGAGGUUCGUUCCUGGAGGCCUCCGCGCGGCCCGCCCAGCACCAGCCGGAGCCCGCGGCAGAGGAGAAGGCCCCCGACCCCCUGGAGACUGUACCCGAGGCCCUCUCACCGAGCCCGUCCCCCAAAGCGCCCGCCAAGGGGCCCGAGAUCAAGCGGGAGCCGCCGGAGAGCUCCUCGGACUCUGAGUGCUCGCUGUCUUCUCCGAACCGUCCGUCCUUCGACGAGCAGAUCCGGGCGCUAGACGAGAAGUACAACGCCCUCACGGGGCCCACGCGGACCUUCGCGGCGACCGUCGCCGUAACAGCCGAGGCGCCGGCGCCGCCCGUGGCCGUCAUCGACUACCAGAAGUACAACAUCAAGAAACGGCCCCGGUUUCCCGUGCUGUCCCAGGAGUUCCGGUCAGAGCCCUCGGAGAUCAUGAAGACCCUGCUGGCCAAGACCACCAUCUUGGACCAGGACUCCAAGCGGCUGGAGCACAUCCACGAGAAGUACGAGCCGAGGGACGUCAAGCUGGACCUCUCGUCGGGGAGUGCCAAGCCCCUGUUCCGCACCAAGGCGGCUGCCAAAGAGUUCUCCACUCCGCUCGCCAGCGUGGGCUUUUCCGCGACGCCCGCGGUGCCUCAGGGCGCCUCUAGUCCCAGCCUGUCCCAGGCGAGCAGCGCCCCAAGUGCCUCCCCCGGCCAGACGGCGCCCAGCCCUUCCCUGCAGUGUGUGGUGCCACAGUCUCCCGUGACACCCACCACGCCUACGACGCCUACGGUACUCGAACUGCACGGCAAGCAGCACCCGCCCGUGGCGAGUGUGGCCGCACAACCUCACAAUGAGGCGUCUCCCAGGACGUGCUCAGUGCGAAGGGAGCCCUCGCCGCCGCCCGUGAAACACCAAGUGUUCCAGAGUCCGCCCCACACGCCGCACGCCGCGACGCCCACGGCACCGGCGGUUGUGGUGGUAAAGAAGGAACCCAUAACGGAGAUCCCCCACAAUCGGAAGGAGUCUAGGACGAAGGAGAAGAUGGAGUUGGUUCCUCCGAAGGACAUACCCCUCAAGCGAGAGCCUCAAAGCUUCAAGAAGGAGAGCAGGAAGGAGCACCAGGCCUCGAGCAGGAACUCCUGCAAGGAGCCCAUCAUCCCCACGGAGCCUCUGUGCAACUCCCUGCCCGUCAAAGACAAGAGGGAUGACUCGGCGGAGCUCCCCGCUCCGGCGACCCUUGGAGCGGUCAAGCGGCGGGUGUCGUCCGUCGACAGCAAUGAGUCCGAUUCGGCCAAGUCGUCCCGGUCGAGCGACGCCUACCUCGACCUCCCGGCGGAGGCCGGCUGGCACCGGAGCGAGGAAGGCGGACACUCCACGGAGCCCGAGGCCAAGCGCCCCAAGCUGUCGUCGCACCACUCGAGCCGAGAUGGCUUCGGCAAGAGCCACAGCUCGAGCAAGUCCAACUCGUCUUCCAAGAAGUCUGAGAAAAAGCUGGAGAAGUCGUCGUCUUCCAAGUCGGAGAGGACGGAAAAGUCCCACUCAUCCCUCUCGAAGAGCGAGUCCGGAGAGAGGGACGACCCCAGGUUGGCGUCGAUGGAGUCCAAGAGCUGCAAGGGCAAGGACGAGAAGAAGGCCAAGUCGCGGGACAGUCGAGAGAAGUCGCGGGACCGGCCCAAGGAGUCGAACAAGGACAAUAGGCAAGAUUCUAAACACGAGUCUCUGACCUGCUCGUCGAGUGGUGGCAGCAGCAGCAGCGGCAGCGGGAAGCCGCGGAAGGAGCACAGCUCCGACCGAUCGGACAAGGAGAAGUGUCGGUCGGAGAAGCGGAGUUCGGGAGAGCAUUGCAGAGACUCCAAGUCCAAGUCAAAGAGCAAAGGCGACGGUAGCGCCUCCUCAGCCCCUCAGGCGUCCGAUUUCUGCUUCCUGGAUGACGAACCCGUCUACUUCUCCAUGUACGACAAGGUGAAGGCUCGCUCCAGCCAGAACCAGACCCUCAAAGACCAGGCCAACAUGGAGACGAUGCGGCAGAAGUUCAGCCGGCUCAAGCAGAGUCGCGCCAAGAAGGGGAAGUCUGCGGAUCAGGACUCGGACAGGGAUUCGGAUCUUUCUAGUCACCACUCUUCCGACUCCGAGACCAAGUCCAGGGUCUCGUCUCACAGGUCCAAGCAGCUCAACAAGAAGAGGAAGCUGGUCAUUGAGAGCUCCUCUGACGAAAACGAACAGUCCUUCGCAAUGCGCCUGCUGCACAAGCGGGUUGAGAGCAGCGACUUCUGCACCGACUCGGACGCCGAGUCGCUCAAGGAGUCCUACAAAUGCAAGGAAAGGAAGGUUGACCUCUCAGACAUCGAGACCUCGGACUCCGACGAGCCCUCGCACCUCCUCACACCCUCCCAGAAGCACCGCAGCAAGCAGAGGCACUCCUCAGAAAAGUCGUCGCGUUCGCGGCACGGUAAAUCCGAAGGGGAGAGCUCAGACGCAGACGUGAGCCGGUCUUCGAAGCGGAAAGAACACAAGAAGAAGAGGCCACGCAAGGUCAGCGUCCUGCGAUCUGACUUGGACGCCUCUGACGACGACUGCCACCCUAAGCUCGAUGACUGCAAGUCUAGCAAACCGAAGCCGUCAUCGAGGCUGGAAGAUGGGAAACACGAGGAAUGCCAUCCCAAGGAGCCAUCUACUCACAGCAGCAGCAAAAGCAAGAGGCCCAGCAGGGACACUGACGAGCCCAGGCCGGACGAAGAAGGAGAGUCGAGGCAGAGGCACUCGAGCAAGAAGCGCAAAAAAUCCAAAAAGUCCUCGAAGGUGAAGGAGAAGAAGUCGGGCGACAAGCCAUCCAACACGUCCCAAACCUCCACCUCUCAGAAAAGGGCGGACCAUCCAUGGGACGCGGGGGCACUGCUGGACGAGUCUUCCGUGUCGUCCAAGUAUAUCGGUUCCCCAAAGCACUUGCUCGGCUCGCCGCCCGUGCUGCAGCCCAGCAUCAUGUCGGACGCAGAGAUUAAGUCUGAGCUGUCCGAUUACGACUUUGAGCCCUCCGUCAAGUCCAGGGACAAAGAUAUGGAGAGCUGGAGUUGCACCAAGAACAAACUGGCCGUGGAUGCGAGGUACUCUCCCGCGAGAGAGAUCAAGCGGGAGUACGACGAGGCGGAAGCCAUUGUGAAAAGGGAGAGUGACCAUGAGCUUGACAAGAUCGUCAACGCCCUGAACGAGAGUGCAGAAACCCACCCUGCCGGCAAAGACUUCCCUUCGACGGACAAGAAGAGCACUGCCUACAGCAUGGAGCGCGUUCCGUACGAUGACAUAACCUGUGACAUACCAGCCGCGAGAAAUGUGAGCGAAGACGAAGACAACAAGGACUCACGGCUCGAGGAGGCCAAGAGCAAAGAGCACAGGAAGAAAAAGAAGGAGAAGAAGAAGAGGCAUAAAGAAGAGCCACCGCCUUGCAGCCCUCCAAGGGAGCCCCGGGAGGAGCCCGCGCCCCCUUACGCGGCCCCUGCAGUUCUGGAUGAGGACAGCAAGCUGACGGAGGACAUUCGACUUGACGAAGACAUUGUCGAAGAGGCGAGGCGGCUGGAAGAGGAGCUGCUUGCGCAGUCGGAAGAGACGAGCACGUUUGGAGACGGGGACGCCGUUCCUCGGAGGGAGGAGAAGCCCCACCAGGUGGAGAGGCACUUCGAAGAGGAGGCAGCCAAGGAGACCAAGCGGCUCGAAGAGGAGCUCUUCUCCUCGGGUAGGGACUCGUGGCACAUGAAGGACGAGAAGGUCUAUGACGCGCACGCCAAGGAGGCCAAGGUCCUGGAGGACGUCCUCGGCACGUCCUCUGCCAAGGAAGACGUCUACACGGGCCUCGCCGCAACCCAGGAGCUGCCGUCCAACCACUCGGGCUCUCCGCGCUACCUUGGCCACGAGGAGGCGGAGCACUUCAAGAUGGACGAGAAGGAGCAGGGCUCGUACGAGCUGGACAGCCCGCGAAAGAUGGAGGACGACCUGGCCGUGUACGCUCUGCUCCAGGAGAUGGGCAACGACGGCAUCUCGGCCCCCGAGCUGCCCAAGGAGCCGGACUACCUCGAGCCCAUGAUGCAGCACCACCCGCAACAGGAGGAGUCCAUGAGCUUCCUGCUGCCGGAUGAGAGCUCCAGCUCACUGCAGAUCGACACCUCAAUGCCUGACCUGACCCAGGAGGAGAGCCGGGAGUCCGGUGGCGCUCUCGAGUUCACCGACGCUCUCCACUCUCUGCAGCAGCCGCCGCAGCAGCUGUCACGGCUGGCUGACAAGCCAGGAGAGGAGCCUGCUGGUUCGCCGACGCGACCCGAGAGCGAGGCGGAAGAGUGCACAAAGGAAGUCCCGUCGGAGCCGCCCCUGCUCCAAGAAGCCAAAGACAUUGAGGCAAGUGCAGAGCCCCCAAAAGAGCUCCCAGAUCUCACGCGCGACGUCGUUCAGCCGGAAGUGCAGACCACUUCUGCGGAAGAGUCUGAGCCGCCUGCUGCAACCACUAAGUUGGAAAGACACAAAUUGAAAAAGAGGAGGAGGAGGAGGUCGGAGGACAUGGACCAGCGGUUACUGUCGGACACCGACGAGGAGCACCGUCUGGAAAUUGCGGACAAAGGCCUCGAGGAGCCUUUUGAGCCUCUGUACGUGCAGUCCUAUCUCUCGACCAAAGAGGAACCCAGGAAUGAAACCAGCCCAUGCACAGCUCUCACGAUCCCUGAAGCCAGUGAAGAAACGGAGCCCAAGGUCGGAUCGCCUGCCCGCGCUCCCCUCGACAGCUCAGCCGAAGAACCGCUGACACAGGACGAGAAGAGCGUUGAGCCGUUGUCUCCUCCGCACAUCAGACAGGAGGAGGCUUGCGAUGCCGCUUCCAAGGAAGACGCAACGACCGAUGUCCGGACGGCACCCAUGGACAAGCGGGAGUCAGAGCCGGACAAGAAAGAGAAGCCCGACGAGAGCACUCAGGAGGCCGUUCCAGCGGACAUUCCCAUGGAAAAUGACAGCAGCAAGGACCAAGACAUGUUCGACGACAUGUCGCACAGCACCCCGAUCCUCGAGAUCAUUGAGACGCUCAGCUCACCGGUGGGAACGGGCGACCACCGGGAAGGAGAUGCGGACGACUCGACGCACCAGGAGAACGACUCUUCCGGGGAGCAGCGGGAGAACCCGCCCUGUGCCGAAGACGAGGCCGCCCCUCCCCACCCGGAACCCUCCACGGCCGAGUCGGAGGGGGCGAGGCGCAAGCCCGGCACCCGGAAAGGCCGCAAGACCAAAGUGCGUAGGGCCUCCGCACCGCGCCUCGAAGUCGGCGAGGCCCCCAAGGUCCCCGCCAGGAGAGGCAGGGCCACGUCAGCGGACAAGGUGCGCCGGUCUUUGAGGUCCGACAACCACGAAAACGCGUCGUCCGAGAACGAGGAUGCGGCCGCGUUCUUGUCCAACGAGACCAAGAGCGACGCUCCCACUCUCGAAGCUGAGGCUUGCCCCGUCAGCAAGGAGGUACAGCCUCGGGAGGAGGAACGUCUCUCGUUGGACGGCACCUCCAAGGACAGUGCGGAGGUUGCAGACGUGUCGGGCGACGCGCCACCACUCGAAGAAAGACCCGGCGAUGCUGAUGCUCACAAGGACGAGCCGAGGAAGCGGCGGGGGCGGAAGAAGAAGAGCUCGGGUGAGCACCACGCCUUCUCGCCACCUCCCCCAGCCGAGAAGCCGUUGGAGGCCACCAAGCCCGAGGAGCCCGACCACAAGGAGGCCGAGAAGCAGAAGGAGAUCCGGCCGCUCUUCGUCUGCGGGCGCCAGGCCCCGCCGGCAGAGCACAAGGCACCCAAGGGCAACGGCAGUAGCAGCGCUUACGACGUGUACGAGUUUAAGGACUCCGAGGACGAGGAGGAGGCACCCUUCGGAGGCACUGACUGGCAGACGGCGCCGGAGAAGCAGCCCGACAAGCCGCCCCCCGAGGCGGUCCCCCCCAGGCCCCAAGAGCCGCCGCUCGAGUUGCCGCCGGCCGCCAAGCCGCACGAGCAUGAGAAGCGGCACGAGGAGGCGAAGGGCCACAAGGCCCACGAGGAGGCGGCCCCAACGCGGGAGUACGUGACGGAGCUGAGCCAGCACGGCAAGAUCUCCAUCACGAUCCGGUUGCACCAGAAGGACGGGCACGACGGCAGCUCGUCCAGCACGGCCGAGGUGGUCAAGACCUCGGAGGCCGUGGCGGGGGAGGAGCUCAAGGCGGAGCACGGGCGGCAGGCGCCGCCCGCCAAGCAGGAGGCAUCCGACGCCCACCAGAUGAAGACGCGCAAGUCUGCGAGACUCAUGUCCCAGGCCAACAAAACCACCAUAGACGAGGUCAUCGAGGACGUUGUCAAGGGUAACUUCCGGCCCAGCGAAGAUGAAAGCGACCAGCAGCCGGAGGGGCCAAUCACCCGGGCAGCUCGCAGGACCAGGUCAAGUCGCCGCAAUGAAGACUCCAAGGGAGACGAGGCCGACAAGAACAAACCCGAGGCCCCUGUGUUGGUGAUAGCCGACAACAAGGUGAAGGAGAGCCCCGAAGAAGCCAAGCCCGCCGCCACAGUCACCACUGCAGCCCCCGAGAGCCAGUGCUCAGACGCGGAGCAGAACAACAAGUCCGAGUCCAAGAUGUCCCUGCGAUCUUUCCGUUUCACGCGGUCGUCCGCCAAGGCCGAGCAGCCGAAGGAGGGCGGGAUCAGAGAAGAGAUUGGACAGGAGGCCGCCAAGGAGGAGGGCUUCAUUGGACCACUGCUGCAGGAGGCCAGCACGCCGGCUGCUCAGUCGACUCCAGCCGCUUCGGCCACCGUGCCAGUGCUCAAGGUGGAGCUCUUCAAAACCAGGGCGAAGGAAGAGCAGAAAGCUACCUGCGAGGACGACAGCGACUCCCGGCUGAGCCCCACCGAGCUGAUCGAUCCGGUCACUGGUUUUCUCACACCCGUGAACAAGAAAGGAGAACCCACUGCGCUCCCCGAAGGAGAAGCGGCGGCGGCUGCUCCGAAACCCACCAAACCGCAGGUCCCCGUAGAGCCAGCAGAAAACCCAGCCGUCGUCGUUCCAAACGCCAAGGAGGCGGCCGUCCCCACGUGGACCCCAGCAGCGAUGCCGGCGGCAGCCGUCGCCACGAAAGUCCCAGAGGCAGAACAGCCGGAAGCGAAGCCGGUACCAGAACAAAUCCAGCGGCCGCCCGUGCUGGCGCACGCUGGAAACCCUAAGAACCAUACGGUAUUACAAGGAGCUACCGGUCACCACAGGCUCAUAGUCAACUCCCAGCCCGAGACGCACAAGGUGGUUUCGGUUAAUGUCAAGACAGAAAGCUCCGUUGUCAAGGUGCCCGAAUUGAACGUCGUGCCCCAAGGCCUCAACGGCGGUGCGGUCAAGCCGGCAGAACACCCCAUGCCCACAAACGUGCCGCCGCCCGCAAGCCCGUCGAUUCCACAGCAGUUUGGAGGUCCCAAGGGGGUCCUGGCUCCUGUGGGGCAGCCUCCCGUGUCCUUGGGACAACCGCCCGUGUCUCUCGGGCAGUCCAUGGGGGCCUGGGUUGGGGCAAGGCCCCUGGGACCCCAGUACCCGCUGCCCUUCACCACCCUGGCGGGGCAGCAGCCCCAACACAUGCCCAGGCCGAUCUCUUGUUCCUCAGGAGUGGCGCACCCUUCUGUGGUGAGGAGCACCGCACUGCCGCAGCCGCAGGCGCUUCCUCAACCAGAGGGCCCUAAGCUGGCGGGAACUGCCGGUCAUCCACCCGGCAUGGUGAUGGGGAUGCCUCCUCAGAUGCUCUGCGGGCAGGGCAAGAUGGAGGUUCCUGCAUUGCCGCUCCAACACCAGCAGCAACAACAUCUGCAGCAGCACCAGCAGUCUCACCAGCAACAUCAGCAGCAUCAGCAGCAACAACAUCAGCAGCAACAUCAGCAGCAGCAGCAGCAACAACACCAGCAGCAGCAACAACACCAGCAGCAGCAACAUCAGCAACACCAGCAGCAUCAGCAACAACUCCAGCAGCAGCUGCAGCACCAUCAGCAGCAGCAGCAGUUGCAGCAUCAGCAACAUCAGCAGCACCACCAACAGCAGCUGCAGCACCAGCAUCAGCAGCAGCAGCACCACCCGCACCAGCACCCCCAGCAGCCUUCGCCGGUGCACUCCGUGCACCACCCGGGGGCCGACCACAAAGGGGUGCCGGUGUCGGUGGCCUCGCACCUCCAACAGCAGCACGCGGCAGCAGCCAUGUCGCACGCCAAGGUGGCCGAGGCCUUUGCCUUGCCGCCCCAGGGGGUGUCGCGGACAUCCCCAGCCUCGGCGCGGCCCCAGCUGGGCCACCCCCAGGGCGCUUCCACCAUGGCCCAGGCGCCGGGGAAGAUGCACGAGCAGAGGGGGCCAGGCCCCAAGGGGGCCGCCCUUCAGCACCCCUCCAAGCAGGGCUUCCUCCAGCCUCCCUUUGGCAGCUACGAGGCUGCCGGCAUGCCGGGCAGCUCCCACACUCCGACGGGGGCUUCCCAGGGGGUGGGUGCGGCCCCGGGCGGGGUCAUUGCGGAGCUGCUCCAGAACCCGCACCUGCUGCAGCAGCAGAAGAACUACCUGGCGAUGGCAGCCUCCCAGUACAUCGGGGUGGGGCGGCCGGGGGUGCACGUGGGCACCCCGACGCCCCCGCACACCCCGACCCCUCCCCAGGACCUGCUGCACCUGCGCAGCCCUCCUGGCCAGCCCCUGCUGGUGCCGGGCCCGCUGGGCAUGCACCCUUCGGAGCUGUCAGCCUACGUACACCAGCAGAUGCUGUACGCCGCCACCCACCCCCACUACGCCCUGCACCCCGAGCUGCCCCAGGGCCUGCGCCUGGCCUACCCGGGGGGCUUCCGGCCGCCACCCGAGCCUCGCGAGGGGGGCAAACACGAGGCCAAGGAGGAGCCCAAGGAGGGGCCCAAGCGGGACGAGGCCCCCAAGGACCCCCUGCUGCGUCCCCCUGUGGGGCCCUUCCCCCUGCGCCAGCUGAGCCCCCGCGUGGCCUCCUCGCCCCAGGAGCGGGUCACGGACUCCCCCGCGGUGGCCAGCCCGUACUCGCUGCGGCCGCCCCACCUGCAGGACAAGAAGGAGGAGCCCAAGCCCCCCGCGGCCCACCAGCACCUGUACCACGGGGGGGCCUUGGAGCCCCUGGGGGCAUCCCCCCCGGCCCCUUUCCUGCACUCCCCCGUGGGGCUCACCAAGGAGCUGGUGGCACCCCCCGAGUCAGAGGCCCUCAAGAAGCGCCAGACGGGGCUGGAGGCCCCCCUUCAUCACGGGCCGCCCCCCGCGCACACCCUGUCCCAGCCCGGGCCGGCCGUGCCCCGCACCCAGCCGCAGACGCCGCCUCACGCCACCCAGGUGCCCCCGCAGGGCGACUCCUUUUUGCUACAGAGGUACCCCGUGAUGUGGCAGGGGCUGUUGGCCCUGAAGAACGAUCAGGCUGCGGUACAGAUGCACUUUGUGUCGGGCAACUCGCGGAUAGCGGUCGCGUCCCUGCCUCCCAUGACGGACGGCUGCACGCCGCCCGUCCGCAUUGCCCAGAGGAUGCGCCUGGAGCAGACGCAGCUUGAAGGAGUGGCCAGGAAAAUGCAGAUGGUGGAGGAGCACUGCAUCCUACUGGCCCUUCCCUGCGGACGGGACCACAUGGACGUGCUCCAGCAGUCCAACAAUCUGCGCAACGGAUUCAUCAACUACCUGCAGCUCAAGCAGGCCGCCGGCAUCGUUAAUGCCGCAGCACCCGGCUCACAACAGCCGGCCUACGUGAUCCACAUCUUCCCCUCGUGCGAGUUCUCCAACGAGAACCUGGCCCGCAUCGCGCCCGACCUCCUGCACAGUGUCAGCGACAUCGCCCACCUGUUGGUGAUCAUCGCCACCGUCUAGGUCCUGGCGGCGUGUCCCCCCACUCACUUUCACGCCCGACAAGCAAAACCAAAACCCGAGAAACCAAUGGUGCUCUGCAAAGUUAGUCGUCCCCUGUCGCGGCGGGCUCACGUUGCCCCCUCCCCCGUUUCUGUUGUCGGACGAGUGACGCUGUUGUCCAGCACUGCAUUUGGGGACGAGGUUGUACAUACCAGUUGAUGUGUGUGUGUACAUAUAUUUAUGUAUGUAUACAUAUAUAUAUAUAUAUAUAUAAUCCCCGGGUGAGAGAGCACCGCCGUCUCGGGGAGGAAUAUGUCGAAGAAAAGAAAAUGCUAUAUAUAUAUAUAUAUAUAUAUAAAUGCAGGCUCAAACAACUAUGUGAUAUAAGUAAAUAUGGCAAAGAUUUUAAGUGUGUACAUAGAUGAGGAAAACUGGGCUCCCCUUUAAAUUUUCUUGUCCCCAUGCAUAUGUGGUAGGUCUGCAUGUGUGUGUGUUUGUGCGCGUGCGCAUGUGUGUGUCCAAAACCAAGCGAUGGUAAUGUUGUACAGUUUCUGUUUCACUCAUAGGAUGAAAGAAAAAAAAAAAGAGUCAGGGAUUUCAUUGCAUAUACAUACUAUAUAUAGGAGAGAGAGGACAAACUAUCAUUUUAGUUUAGUCACUUCGGAUGUCCCUUACCAUGGUUGUGGAGAGAGCGCUGCCAAGAGGCAACUCCGUCUCUGACUGUACAGUUGUAAAGUUGCGUUGCAUUUCUGUUCUGCUCUUAUACAGUGAUUGCGUUGCGUUUUUCAUUCACUUUCAAGAAUGUACAGAAGUCCACUGAUUUCAUUCAUCCCAUGUUUAGUUCUGUACAGAAGAAAGAAGUUGUACCUGGUAUAGUUUUUAAUCCGUUUCUUUUUUUCUUUUUUUUAAUGUCUCCGAGGAAGCAAAAAGGAAAUGUUGCUUUUUAUUUGUACUUUAUAAUGGUUGCUUCCUUUGUUCUUAGGGACUGAGAUGUUUCUGUUGUUUUGAAACAAGUAGUCUAGCAAAGCUGUAGAUUUUGUAUAUACAUACUACAUGUGUACUGUAUUGUCUGUACAUUUUUUCUCUUCUGAAUCUUGGGGAGGGGGGAUUUUUUGUGAUGUCUUUUUCGAGUCACACCUCACAGUUUUCAAAGUGGAAAAAAAAAAUCUUCAUGACAAGCGUAUUGGAACUGGAGGGCAGAUGAAAGCUGCUAGGCCAAGAUUGAUGGGAGGAGUUUAGGAGAAAGCGUCCUUUUUGCAUCCCAAACAAAAGAAGGCCUCUCUUUUGACAUUCGGUUGAAUCCGGACAUUGUUUCGUGCAAGAAAAGAAAAUAAAAAAAAAAAAAUAAAAAAAAAACCCAUCACGUUUAAAACAAGAAAGGACUAUUCCAUUCCAGUAGUCUUAGCGGUCCUUUAAUUUUUUCCGUCGACGGAAGAGAGGAGAAUUGCCGUACCAAACGUUGAUGCAGGUUGUUCCCUUCCCAAUUUCAAGAAACGGUUUCCAGUUAGAUGCACAGAGAGAGAGAUAGGAAGAAUGCCCAGGAAAACAACAACAACAUACAGAGCGGGAACGUGGCGUGCUGCCCUUGCUGUUUUUCUCCUGUUUGCUCAAACCAUUUUUCAAAGGAGUCUGUAUCUAUACCAGGCCAGCGUGUCGGAACAUUUUGCACGUGUCGCAGCGUCCUGCGGAGGCACUCCGGCUGCCCUCACCACCACCACCACUUCAUUUCGAUGUGAUUGCAGCGGUCAUCAUCUUCAUGCGCUCUAUUUUUGAUGUGAGAAGGACCCCGUUUGUUGUGGCCGGCCCGCCCCCCUCCCCCUCCCCCCCUGUACAUACGAGCAUCCACCGAGGGCUCCCCCCGGCCCACGGGGGCGGCGGGCCCCUCUACCUUCCCCCCUCCUUUUUUUUUUUCUUGGUGAAUACCACGCAGAGCAGUGAUACACAUAAGUUAUUAGUAACGUAAAUAAAAGAGGAGACGUAACAAAUUA